CCGGCACCGAGAGCGCGGCAGCCAUCAGACUCCCUGACUGAGUAAAAGGACAGGGGCAGGACACGGGCUCCUCCGCGCACAGACAACCGGUCCUAGAGGUGCUGCCGGCCAUGGCGGACGUGAAAUGCAGCAGCGCCGGGUCUCCUUCCACUAACGGGCUGGUGAUGAAUGCCGAGCUGGAGGUGAAGAAGCUGCAGGAGCUGGUCAGGAAGCUGGAGAAGCAGAAUGAACAGCUCAGGAACCGAGCCAGCGCCGUCAGUAACUGCACGGCCAGCCCGCACCUGCUGCUGCAACAGCAGCCCUCAGCGCUGCACCAGCCGGGCACCUGCGUGCUGCCUGCCUCUGCACUGGCCCGGCCCGCCGGACUAUGCCUGCCUAGCCCAGUGCCCACUCUCCUCUGCACCUCCACGGUGGGCGGAAGCCUGUACCCCCCGAAUGCCAUGGGCUACUACAGCAGCAGCAGGCAGCAGUUCCCCUGCCUUAACGUGGCUGAAGGGCCACAGGCUGAGUGUGCAGUCCCAGGGGCCACCAUGCUGGACGAGGUGGACGUUUUGGAUCUGGAAGAUGGCUAUUGCAGUGAUGACGAUGAUACCUGGCUGUAUGUGUCGCCUACCAAAAAGCAUAGGCCGUUUGAGACGGCUCAAAGUCCAAUGCAGUGGUGUAGGCAAGUCCUUGAUAACCCAUCGCCUGAGGUAGAAGCGGCGAAGAGGUCCCUGUGCUUCAGGCUCGAGCAAGCUGGUCGAUGGAGGAGUCUCUUUUCUACUCCUGUUUCCAUGUCAUUUCCAUAUAGUCCUGUUGCGAGACUCACUCCAUAUUGCAACGGCUUAAGUUCUCCCAGCAACCUUAAAAACCCAACUAAAGCAAUACUAACACCUGAGAGGACAGGUUAUAACAUAAAAGGUCCAGCUUUGAGUCCGCAGUCCUCAAUAGACAGUGAGCUGAGCACCUCGGAGCUGGAAGAUGAUUCCAUUGCCAUGGGCUACAAGCUGCAAGACCUUACAGACGUCCAGAUCAUGGCUCGAUUACAGGAAGAAAGCCUUAGGCAAGAUUUUGCAUCUACCUCGACUUGUAGUUCUGUAUCAAGACAUCGGUCCAGCUUUUCGCUCUUCUCUGGGAAGAAAGCCUCAUGUGCUAGUGAUCAAGACUCUGACCGCUACAGCGUUGAAGAUGAUGAUGAAGACUUUGAUCAUUUGCCUCCACCUCAGCCCCGGCUCAGUCGUUGCUCUCCUCUGCAGAGAGGCAUUCCCCAUUCUCAGACUUUCUCCAGUAUAAGGGAAUGCAGGAAGAGCCCCAGUUCCCUAUAUCUCAAUUCAAAUGGCUAUCAGCAAUGUAAUUAUUCUUUGCCAGUGCAAACACCAGAGCAACAGCAGAACAGGACUAAUGCAGAUAAACUUCGGAGAAGCAUGCCUAACUUGGCUCGAAUGCCCAGCACGACCGCCAGCACAGUGGUUUCACCAAUCACUGUGCGCAACAGCCAAAGCUUUGACUCCAAUCUACACGGUGCUGCUAAUGGUAUCUCAAAACUGCAGUCCAGCAUACCUGCUCCUGGUCAACUUCAACAAAGGGUACACAGUGUGGGCAAUUUCCCUGCACGACCGCAACUUAAAGCGACAGCUUACGUCAGCCCCACAGUACAAGGGAGUAGUGGCAUUCCUCUGUCAACCAGUUUACAGUCUUUAUCAACUUCUGGUAUUCCAAUGCCGAAUAAGAGCCCAAGUACAGUGACUUCAGGUCGAAGCGCUCUUCCUAGACCAGCAUCGUUAUUGAGCAGCAUACCGCGCAGCAAGAUAGCUCAGUCACCGAGAAGUUUUCUUCAGCCUCCGAAGACUCUUUCAUCGCUCAGUACUCUGCGAGACGGCAACUGGAGGGAUGGAUGCUACUGAGACUUAUUUACUCUUUCUUCUCUUGAAUGAUGAGUCGUAGUAAAAGAUUAAAGCAAUUACGAGCAUUUCCCAGCUGGCUGGGUAAAAAGUGUAUUUAAAACACGUUCCUUGAGAUUUUAAUAUUUGUAACAUUUGUUUUAUGUGAGCGUACAAGCAAAGACCUAAUGUAGAUCUUACAGGUUUAAACUUUAAAUAAGCAUUUUUAGAUCAACUGCAUUGACGUUUUAACUAUUUCAAAGCCAGGGGAUGUGAACAAUUUUUC